AAACCAAAUGGUUAACGGCAACCGAAUCGUAGGAGGUAACUGAAGCAGCUAUGCGAGGAGGUGCGAUUUGUACAUUUAAACGCUGGAUUCCACCGAUUUUUAAAUAAACAACAACGUUCGGCAAAAGUCGAAGGCAGAACAAUCAGCUGUCCGUGGAGGGGGCGUAACUCUUCAUUUUUUAACUCCAUCUGCGCGCAGAGUAGUUAUGGGAAAAAAACAUAAUGUGUUUCCAGUUUCUAUAGGCAAGCAAAACUCUGUUUGCCCUCUCUUGCUCCCUGCAUCUUGUAAACACGAUGCAAUCCUGACUCUACUUGGAUAAAGAAGGACAAGGGGUGGUACAAAAGCUGUAGUCCUGCAACCGACUGCCCAUAAUGCAUUGAAACCCGCCCCUUCUGGGAGGGAUACGGCGAUGGCAAAGGGAGGAGAUGUCAACCGCAACUGAACGGUCCAGCUAGUAGGAUGUAAUUGGAGCUCAUAUGCAAAGGAGAUGCAGCUUGUGCAUCUGAAACCUGUAGGCAGAAGCACAGUUUGUUUGCUACGUCAACUGGUACUUUUUCGCUUAUUAAGUGGUAUAAAAACGGCAUUUCAAAAGAACUGAAGGCAGGCGAUCUGCUGCACAUUUCUUGGGGUGAAGACAUUUUUUAAUGACAUCCCCACCAACCUUACGUGUCACGGCAGUAGAUAAAACAUUUUAAGUUCUGCAAAGGCGUAGGUCGCUACGUUAGCAACCCCUCGAGUUCGUGACUCCAGGACUUGUGCACCAGUGAAGUCCGCUGACAAAGUUUAGCAGCAGUUCACAAACAAGCUCCUUUAACAGCCACGUUCUACAGCUGAUUAUUUGUAUAGAUCCCUGUACACCCGCUCCCGGACACGGUGUCGGGCUGUACUGGUUGGUUUAUGUUUAGCACCAUUUCAGAUUGAGGUGCGAGAUUCAGAGGAUUGCGUUUUAAGAAACGGGGAUCAGCAGCAUUAUUCCAGAGAGGGGAAGAUGGCCAAGGAUAAAGAGCAGCAAUUGCGACCCCGGCUGUGCCACAUGAUCAAGGGCGACAACGGCUACGGCUUCCACCUUCACGGAGAGAAAAACAAACAUGGACAGUACAUUCGGAAAGUGGAGCCCGGCUCCCCUGCAGAGGAGGCCGGGCUACGUGCGGGUGAUCGGGUCGUGGAGGUGAACGGAGUGAAUGUGGAGAAGGAAACGCACCACCAGGUUGUACAGCACAUCAAAUCUCUGGAGAAUGAGACCCGUUUGCUUGUGGUCGACAAAGAAACAGACGAUUAUUUACAGAGGUUGCACCUCCAGUGCACUGAAGACAUGGUGUACAAUGGGGUUCUUGAGUAUGCAGCAACUCCACCAGGCAAACCUGCACCUAAGGAGAACGGAGAGCUUAGGACCAAGCAGCCAGAAAAGACCAGUGCAGAAUCCACAAGACAGUCUGGAAGUUUCAGCUCUGAAAGUGAAAGAAAGGAAUCAUUUGGACAGGCCAAAGAACUUUGCCCACGUUUGUGUAUUCUUCAGAGAGGUCCAAGUGGUUACGGAUUUAAUCUUCACAGUGAGAAGGCAAAACCAGGACAGUUUAUCCGGUCAGUUGAUGCAGGAUCACCAGCUGACAGAUCAGGACUUCGACCACAUGACAGACUUAUUGAGGUAAAUGGAACAAAUAUUGAAGGUAUGAGGCAUUCUGAAGUUGUGGCAUAUAUAAAGAGCAGCUCAGGAGACACCAGAUUACUAGUGGUAGAUCCAGAGACAGAUGAAUACUUCAAGAAGCUGGGAAUAUCACCAGAUGAAUCCCAUAUUAAAGGCUCAUUUCCACCUAUGACUAAUGGAUCUCCACGAUCGCAGCUUAAUGGAGGAUCUACAUCUUCAUCUCACAGUGACUUGCACAGUUCUGAAAAAGACAGAGAGAGCACUGGAACCAGUAAGGAUGUUUUAACAGAAACAGGUUUGAAUCUGAGUCCAACAGCAGCAGAAGCCAAAGAGAAAGCCCGUGCAAAACGUGCAAACAAAAGAGCCCCUGCAAUGGACUGGAAUAAGAAGCAUGAAAUUUUCAGCAACUUCUAAAACUUGUGUUGGUCAAAAACUACAUUUCAAUGAAACCACAUUUACAUUUCAAAGAAAGCACAACACUGAAAGUAAAUGUUUUCUCAAUUUUAUUUUUGAUAACCAGGCAAGAUGCUUAUGUUACAUACAGAUAACAAUGUGACCAAAGUUUUUUUUGUGUGUUAUUUCAAACUAAUUUUCUGUUUAUAUAAUGUAAUGAAAUGAUAUAUUUGCUAUUAUUUUUACUAUAAUGGCUUCAACCACGUUAUUUGCAGAGACAUCUGUUUAUGAAUGUAAUGAACAUUAAAAGCCUUAUUAUUCUAA